AUGGAGGUGACCCAUUUGAUCCGUGAACGCACCAUAGCCGAGAACAGUUUGGUGAUUCUCUUGCAAGGUCUGCAUGGCGAGGUGAUUACCAUUGACCUGAGAGAUGAGAGCACGGCGAGGGGAUGUGUUAUUAAUGCGGACGCUUUCAUGAACAUCCACUUGGAGGACGUUCUUUACAAGGACCGGUGUGGACGCAUGUCCAGUAUGGAUGAUCUGUUUAUCACGGGCAGAAAUGUCCGCUACAUCCACAUUCCAGAUCAUAGGAAUAUUAUAGAGACAAUACAGACCCAGCUCGCCAAAAUACACCGUGUUCGCAACUUUGGAGCAGGUGGUGGACAGAAAGAAUAUUCAAAGAAAAAAUAG